AUGGAUUCCAGCUCUGAUCGGCCGUCAUCCCUAGCCAGUAUAGAGCAUCUCUCUUCGUCUCUUCCUACGCCUCAGCCAUGGGCAAACCAGUCUCUCUCUACAUUGGGGACUCGCGGCCGGCUAUUCAAUCCCGCCCUGGACGAUCCUACGCUUGCUCGACGGACCACUGCUUUGCGGCAACUUCAUGGGAUUACUAGGCCUCCUCAGCGGAAACAUCGUCAGUCUGCUUCUAUUGCCAGCCGGGCCUCUCUGUCUUCUCAACCGGUUAUUGUUCGGACCUAUUCUGGAGGACCGGAGAGGGAAUCUGCAAUGUCAAGGAGGCAGAGCUCAGACAGAGAACAGACGGCUAACGCUCCUCCGGCACGUCUUCCGUCAGUUGAUGAGUUCGGUAUCGAAGGCAUACUACAGUCUAUCGAGCCCAACAUACAGGUGACUUUGGAUGCUAUAGCCGAGAUAUGCGGCCGAAGCAAGCUAAGUCUUGCAAAUGAAUACGGGAGCCAUAGGCCGCCUCUGGGUGAAAUCAGAGCACCUGCACGAACGAGUGAUCACGGCCUUUUAACAGUGGAAGAGGCAAGCUCUAGCACGGAGAGGCUGGCAGACGACAAUGUCUUGGUCGUGGGUGACGAUAUCAGCACUGUGGAUGGGCAUGGUCGGUAUUCGUCCACCUACGACUACCUCAAUCCAAUACCCCGGCCAACGGGUCUCUUUGAUUUCCGCAAUUCACUUCCUCAGGCAUGGGCUGAGACAAAUACGGCACAGCAGCAGGCCGAAUCUCACAGGCACACCGUAAGAAGAGAAUUGGCCCCUACUCAUGAAGAGACCGUUCCUUCAGCCCGCAACAAUCAUCCGGUAGAUAAAGGGAGGCUACCGUAUCUUCCUUGGGCUCUUGACACUUGUCUUGAAAGCGGUGAUUACAAUGCUACUGGACAGUCAAUGAUGACACGUCCUGUUAUAUCUGCUGUCCAUCUAGACGCCCAGGCCGAUAGGUCUUAUCACUUGACUGAGCCAGACAGGCCGUGGCCUUCGACUGGCGCGAUAGUGGACAUUCCAAACUACGAUGAACUUCCACAUAUCAAUGGACACAAGCAAAAAUCCCACUCUAGGAAAUCCUCCGUUCUGGAUGAAUUGCAAGGGUUCCUCAGCUGGGUUGGGAAAAUGAGUCGCGCUCAUGGUAAACCCAGCCAAGAGGUCACAUCGCUUGUAUCUGCACAGGAAAAGCUACGAGAUGUUUUAGAGAAACAAAAUGCUCGGCUUAGCCACCUCCCUGAUGAUUGA